GCAUGUACAUACCGCUCGAUGAUUCCCUGCAGUACAUCGCUGGCCUCGAAAGAAAGCUGGCUCGCGUUCAGGGCAAGACGAGAGGCCAGCGGCAAGCAGAAAGCCGCAGGCUCAUCGACGCUUUGGCCUCGUCCAGGGAUGCCCACACGCAGCGGCUGAUGGAGAGCACCGACGCGCGCGCGGACGCGGGCCUAGAGGCGGACACGGAGCAUCACUCCUCCGCUGCUGUUGAUCCUCAAGGAGCUUUGGGGUCCAUGCUAAGAAGGGUUGCCCCCAACAAAAUUGCCCUGAGCCACGAGGAGCUGUGUCGUCUCCUCGAGGCUGACAUCCUCGCCAAAGUCCACGACGCCCUGGAGGAGGAGGAGGAGGAGGAGGAGGAGGAGGAAUUGGCCGCGAAGGACCCCACAUCUGGCCGGCAGCCAGACACUUCGCCCUGUGCAGCUGAGGACACUGAGAGGACGGAGGCGAGCGCAGACACGGUGCAAAACACUGAGAGACAGCUGGAUGGGACGUCGCAGGCAGCUCCCAAAGAACACUCGUCGGACGAAGGGGAAAAAUAGGGACCUGCGUUUUGGCUUUCUCUUCCUUUCGUAAAAAGUGUCUGCUGCCUCAUGACCUGUUUUUUUACAAUAGGAAACUGAUGCGCGUGGGCGCAAACACACAUACGCUCAUACACAUGUGCUUAUCUGUUAGUAAAAUCUACAGUGGCAUAUAUAGAAGACCCCAUAUUUACAUAACAUUAGAAAUUUUGAACAUUAAUUGUUUACGGUAAGUUUUGUAUAAUAAAAGUAGAUAAGGA